AUGUUGAGGGUCUUGUUUGAAUUCCAAGCCUGUGAUGACGAUGAAAUCGCUGUUCGAAGAGGAGAGCUUGUCAAAGUGCUGAACAAAGAUGACCAAGAUUGGUGGUGGGUGGAAAACGCGCAUGGGGAACAAGGGUUUGUGCCGCGCAAUUUCCUGUGGCCCUGUGGCUGUUAUGGUAAGGAAAGUCGAUAGGAUAAGUUUUUACUAGAAGAGGCUGUCAUGUUUAGAGAGGAUUUAUACUUAGCUCUCUGGCACUGAAUAUAGCUGAGAAGAUAACGCGCACUCAUUACUUGUAAAAGUAAGCAAAUAUGACCAUCAAAUUAAUGCUGGUCGCUUAGGUACUGACUUUCUACCAAAAUUUUCCGCUUUACUCAACUUUGCACUCAAAGCGAAUAUUGAGAAAAAGGUGAAAUUAAAAAUAACGUUGUGUAGCGAGCUUAAUUAGAAUUUAAAGUUUUCAACAAGUAAACAGAAUUUUCUAGAAAAAUGGACAUAAAACGGUUAAUUUGGGCUGUAAACAAUAGCCCAAUUAUCGAGCUUGCGCUAAUUUGACAGAUAUUGUACGAAGCAUUCCAGCUGCGUCAACACUGUGUUAGUCUCCCACGCAGGCGUUUUUAGGGGAACUCGGUUUUCAUCCCUCAUAAAGGGAUGAAAAACGAGGUCUCCUACAAACGCCUGCGUGGGAGACUAACACUGUGUGAGCCAACAUUUCUAUGAAAUUUCUGCCUGAGGCGAAUUCGAAAGCCAUUACCAGUUUCGACCCAUUCACAUUGGUGCAAACCUUAACCAAAAGUCUCCAACUUUCAGAGUUCAACUUUAAGAAAAACGUUUAUCUGAGCAACCUUAAAGCUGUAAAAGGUGGCAUCUUUUUCUCUGUUCGCUUCUGUUAAACUGAUAAAUAUUAAACAAAUAAGUGUUAUUUAGUUUUUAUUAUCUAAACAAACGCCUUUCUGAAUUGCUGAUAAAGACCUGAUUCAAGGGUUUUAUUGCUUAAGAGGGUCGUUGGCAACAUUCAUGCAUCAGCUUUAUAUACUAAAUUACUGUGAUGAAAAGUUAAAACAACAACGUCUUGCGGUGAAAAAAAAAAAGAUUUAUUAAAAGUGUGAUAACAUCUUAUGAUAAAACCAAAUAAUUACGCGAAUUAUCAAAAGCCGUGCAGUAACACGAAUAUACUAAUAACUACAGGAUGUUGUGAUUUUCUACAAAGAAAGCCGUCACAAGUUUUUUGUUGAAGGUAGCCGACGAGAGCUGGACUGAGUCAAAAGCCGUUUCACAAGAUUUCUUAUUCUACGCUUUUUUUCUCCAAGAUUUAAAUUACUCUCGGCAUUUUUCUAUCUAAGGUUUGAAACAUUUGUAAAAGAAACAACUACAACUUGCUUUAUUUCAUGUCGGCUAUUUUCUUUGUUUGAAAAUCAUCAAACCUUAAAAUCGGAAAAGCUUGCGGUUAGCUCAGCCAACAAUAAGAUUUUAAUUAAAAAACAUUUAGUUCAAAGGCAAUAUUAUUAAAGACUUGUUUACUCGCAAAUAAACUCUAAAAUUAAGCAAAGAGAGCAUGAAUCAGCAUUAGACUGAUUAGAGAAUGCAGCGGGCAGACAGUUGCUUUCACGUUCUGUAGACCAUGAUUUCCACCCCUGUUAUAAGAUUUUGGUGCAAGAAUCAGAAAAUGUUACCGCGUGAUGGCGCUUGUGGGCCAGUGACAUCAUUGAACCCUGGGACGCGGUUGAUAAUUCAAAAUGGCGGCUACGAUGACCGCCAUCUUGAAUUCAGAGUUAUCAAAAGCACAUAAUACCUAAACAUCAGCACAAUAGUUAAUUGCAACAUUUUUGCAAGUGUAGAAAGAAACCAUGACCCGGUUUCUCGUUACCACAUCAACAGAACCUCUGCAAAAUAAACAAGUAACGGAUCAUUGAAUUUCUAAGUACUGUAGUUACCAAAUAAACAAACAUAACUUUGUUGUGAUGAUAUAAGAUAUAUUUGACAGGCGCAAUGAAAGUUCCCCUGUUAGUUGCACAAUUCAGUGACAAUUUCAUCUUUGUUCUCAUUUCUUGUUUUGUACACCAUUCGAGUUUUCCUUAUGGCCGCCAGGGUGUUUUAUUUUUUAAGCAAUAUAUCAUACAAGGUAGUUACUGAUUACAGAUAGAACAGGUUUCCCAGUUAUUUUGAAACUUUCAGGAAAGUUAGGCGGUCUCGUGAGGCACCGAAAUCCUUUAAUAUUUGGCCGGGAUGUUUUUGUUCUCCUCAAAUUUAUGUUUCAAGGAUUUCCUUAAUUUUCUAUUGCAUCAAGAGAACAUCUUGAUUGCAUUUAACAGUUAAGCAAAUUAUAGGUUCAGUUGUGAAAAUUCUCCCAGGAAAGGAAAUAUUCUUGCAAUUCUGUCUCACUUCGAAAUUGUUACCUCUUUAUGUGCCAAUAUUGGUGGACGGCGCACUUUGUCUUCCUCACUCCUAUGAAAUAUUGUCAUUGGAGUGAAAAGUAAAACAAAUAUGUAUAAAGACGAUAUGAUUUUUCUUUACUUUUUAUUUAAGUUUGUCAGAAGUUCAUCCUGGACAAAGUUUCAAAGGACACGGACUGCUCUCCCACAUAUCAGGACAAAGAACAAGGAAGAAGCCAGAGCUCCCGCGGAUUUUCUGUGGGGAGCUACACCGAGUGUGACGCAAACACGAAGUUGAUUGGAAACAGGCGAUAUACACGCACCUGGUGCUAGAUCAUGACGUCAUGACGAACUCAUGUGAAGGAAGGAAAACCAUUUUUAAUUUUUGUAUUUUCAACUAAUAAACUACAAAAAAAUACCAUAAUACUCUUUCAUUCAUGUGCAGUCUCAACCCCGCCGGAAAAAAAUUCCUGGCUCUUCCCGCUAAAAUUGGACGAGUAAAUUCAUUUCAGAUGUAGGUGUUGCUUGCCGUAGAAUUUAGCUUUAUUGUUUUAUUGAGGAAUCCUAACAGCAUUAUUAUCAAAAAAAAAAAUGCAUGAAUACUUAACCACAUUUUUGAUGUGUAAACGUAGCAGACAAAUUGUCAGUCGCGUAUAUUUCAUGCUUUGAAAAACCGGGCUUACACGACGCACCUCUCAGUUAAAACUAGCAUUUCAAAUCAAAGAAUAUUAUGGUAUUUUUCGUCCCUAGGGCUUUUCCUAUGGCAAAAGGGGAAAGACUUGGGGUAAUCUCGUAUCCAGAUCUCCAACGGCCAAGGGAAAGGAUCCUUUUUAGCGUAAGACAGAGUGGGAUCUGGGUACAAGAAUGAACACAAUGAACACUGACUCGACUGAUUUUGCGACUUUUGAAAUACAAAGCUGCAUUUGCAAUAACAGAAACAUUAACAGCGUUCCAAACAGUAGGAUGGUAGGUAACAGCUGACCUGUGACUUGAAAUUACUUAUUUGGGUAUUUGCACAAACAAUUUGCUUUACUUAAGAGCUCCUUGCUAUACUAGAAAUACAGUCGACUCUCUCUUAACGGAGACCUCGGAGACCACUUCCGUAAAUUUAGCAACGGAACGGGAUCGUCAUUUGACGACGGGAAAGCGCGUUGAAAGGACUAAACUCGACUUCCGGUGCCCAGUUUGCCGCUCAGCCAUUGGUCAAUCCAGUUGUUUGAUUUGCGCGCGUCGUCGUCAAAUGACGUUCCCAUCGGACUAAUAGGGAGCUUAAGCAGCAACGUUUUUGAGCGACGCACGUCAACCGGAAGUGAGGUAUUUUCCCUCUUAACAUGCCUUGAUGAUAUAAAAUUUGUAUUCCUUAGCUUCUUUACUGUUAUAGAGGCGAUUUGACUGAAAAUUUGCGCGAAACCACCGUCAAAAAAUGAAAAAAGGCCACUUCCGGUUGACGUGCGUCGCUCAAAAACGUUGUUGCUUAAGCUCCCUAAUAACAACAGCCAUCAAGCGGAUAGACCAGGGCUGUCUUUCUUCAGUCCUGUUUUCGCAAUUUACGAGGCCCUACAGAAGACUCGAUGAAAUGGCAAUAAGAUUGCUAAGAUGACCUAAUUUACGGUUGCGACAGAGACUGGAUCUGUGUUGUAUCGAACUGCGCUAUAAGGCUGUUUUGGGGAGCGAAAGUUUGAGCCACUUUCCGGCCCAACUUUGUAACGGAAAAACAGUCCCAUAGUGCAAUUCGACACGACAUUGACCCAGUCUCUCACGAGCUUAACUAAGCUACACUUAGUAUUGUCCCAAAGGUAUCAAAGAGACAGUUGCCUGUACACAAUUAAGAAGGACACUUAGGAACCAAGAAAAGAAAAACAAAACUUACUUGAACAUUUGAAGACAAAUAGCAUUCAAUCAUAUUUUCUCAGGCACAUUAGCUUAUAGUCGACUCUCUCUUAACGGACACCUCUGUAAAAUGGACACUUAGAGUUGGUCCCUGCCUCUCUUUAUUCCCUUUAUCUGACUCUCUAUAAGACGGACAUCUCUCUUAGAAGUACACACACUGUGCGUGCGGUCCCAAAGGUGUCCAUCUUAGAGGGAGUUGACAGUAGUCAAGACAGUAGUCAAGAGCCCAUAACACGGAGCGAGCAACUCCCGUGAGGCCUAUAUGUCACAGCGUUAUUACCGACCGGUUUAUUUUUAGACACAUUUUAGGGCACUUUUUCCCGCGAAAAUGGAAUCUCCGCCUCGCCUAUGAAAUCAAAAAGGAAAACGUAACGUCAUUAUAAAGGCAAAAAUUAUCAUUUUUAGUUCUGUAGGUUUUGCUGAAUGGUUUGUGGGACUUUUAAAAAGAUUUUCUAAAUUCGCGCCAAAACCGUUCUAAAAAUAAACUGCUCUGUGAAAACGCCGUGACACGAGUGCAUGGAGUUGCUCGC